AUGGCCACCGAAAAAACCUCUGGUGCUGGCUCCGAGACUCCUCCAAACUAUGCCACCGAGCAGAGCCUUGACCACACCAAGAAGUCUGAGGGAAAGCCAUGGAUGCACAAAUCCUUCAAACUCGGUCCUAUUACAAUUCCUGCAUAUGCCAGCCCGAAGUUCCAGAUCCUCUUUGUAUCGAUAGUGUGCUUCUUGUGCCCUGGCAUGUUCAACGCAGUCAAUGGUCUCGGUGCCGCCGGUCAAGUCAAUGCCCACGACAUCAACAACGCCAAUACUGCCAUCUAUUCCACCUUCUCCGUCGUUGGCUUCUUUGCCGGCAGUAUUGCCAACAGAAUCGGUCUGCGUUUGACUAUGGGUCUGGGUGGCUUUGGCUACGCUCUCUACAUCGCCUCCAUCUUGUCCUACAACCACAAUCAGAACCCAGGCUUCCUCAUCUUUGCCGGCUCCCUCCUCGGCGUGUGCGCAGGCCUAUUGUGGACCGCCCAGGGCGCCGUCAUGAUGGCAUACCCCCCGGAAAAGUCCAAGGGUCGAUACAUCGCCACCUUUUGGAUGAUCUUCAAUCUUGGUGCUGUGAUUGGCGGCUUGAUUCCCCUUGCCCAGAACAUCCAUUCCAAGGCAAACAAGGUCAAUGAUGGAACAUACGUUGGCUUCAUCGUCCUCAUGGCCGUUGGUUUUGUCCUCUCGGGCUUCCUUUGCAACCCCCGCUUUGUCACCCGUGACGAUGGAUCCAAAGUCAUCAUGAUGAAGAACCCCACCUGGAAGUCCGAACUCAAGGGAAUGCUGUCGGUCUUGGUCACAGAUUGGUACAUCCUCCUGCUGUUUCCCAUGUUCUUUGCCAGCAACUGGUUCUACACCUAUCACUUCCAAUGCGUCAACCUGCCCAUGUUCAACAUUCGAACCCGUUCCCUCAACAGCGUUUUGUACUACCUCUCUCAGAUCAUUGGUGCUUGGAUCUUCGGCGUUUGCCUCGACCUGGAGAGAUACAAGCGGAGCACCAAGGCUAGAGCCGCCGUAAUUGCCCUCUUCGUCUUGACUUUCGUCAUCUGGGGAGGCGGCUAUGAUUUCCAGAAACAAUACACCCGAGAGGAAACCAGUGCCGACGACUACGUCAAGAUUGACUUCAUGGACAAGGGCUAUAUCGGUCCCAUGUUCUUGUUCAUGUUCUACGGGGCCUAUGACUCGGUCUGGCAGACAACGUCCUACUGGCUCAUGGGCUCGCUUUCCAACAACAGCCGAAAAUUGGCAAACUUCACAGGCUUCUACAAGGGUAUCCAAUCCGCUGGUGGUGCUCUGUCGCCUAUCCUCGAUACCAACAAGGUCUCCUACAUGAACCAAUUUGCCGGCAACUGGGGUCUUCUGGCUGGGAGUUUGAUUGUGGCAGCUCCAGCCAUCUGGACAAAGGUCCAAGAUACCACUGAUCUCGAAGAAGAUCUCAAGUUCUCCGACGAGACAGUUGCAGAUGUCGCCCCGGUCUCUCCUAUCGUUGGCGCGGAGGGCCAGAUGGCCGAAAAGCACGCCAUCGUCCGUUGA